AUGCGCCAUCUUGAAAUUCAAAGAAAGGCAUGCAAUGUUGUAUGUCUUAUCCCCAAUAUAUCAAUGGUUUUAAUCUUCCUGUCAUUGGUCAGGGAACGAGAAAGUCUUCCCACUUCCCACUUUCUAGUAGGAUGUAGGAUUAGUUUCUUCAGUAUGCUACUGACUGCGGUGAGAGAUGGACGUGUUGUGUGGUGAUCGUAUGGUGUUUAAGUUUUCAUGAAGUUUUGUAACUUUUGCAUCGACAUAGAAAUUAUGUCGAUUCAAAAUGGGUAAUUUACCAACGCUAGUGAAGUUUAGUGCGGCACUUCUCUCCUGCAUUUUGGAUUAUACGCGGGCUGAUAACGAAUUACAAGAAUGUAUUGAAGGACACAGUGGCUGCAAGAGAUGUAGAGAUGGAACAUGUGCAAGAUGUGCAGUUCUUUUACAUCAAGGUACUUGUGUCGAUACUUGUCCACCAGGUCAUAUUGCAGAUUGGUCAACUAGAGAUGAAUACAUGGGCAGAAUUUGUAAAGAAACAGGAUAUAUGUUUGGAUUUACUGGUAGUCAAGUAGCCAUUUUGGUAGGAGUUGUUUCUGGCGCAACUAUAUGUAUUCUGAUAAUAUUAUGUGGGGCUAUAAUUGUACAUAGAAGAAAGAAAAAAGCUGCUAAACUAAUCCAACAGUUCGAAGACAGUGCAGAGAGAAGAGAAUUUUUAAAACAUCUUGCAAUGCUUAGAGGGGAAGGCAACACGUUUCUUUCUAUGCUCAAUGAUACAAGGAGACAAGUUAGGGAGUUAUACUAUUCAGGAAAUAAUGGAGAUGGUGCUGUUGGAAUACAAGCCUAUAGACCAGUUUUGCGGGAUUUGGCAAGGAUACUGGUUCUUAUUAAUAGGAGAGACGAUGAAAUACCAAUUCCUCCAGAUGAUUGGCAAAGACUUUUUUCAUGGGCUGAGAGAUUAUUAAGAAGAUACAAAAGGCACAGCUCACCUGAAGUGGCUCAACUUAUAACAUUCUUACAACAACCAACAGCAUCCGUCCAAAUAAAUUCAACACAGCAAGUAACAAUCACACAAUCACCUCAGCCUUAUGAAACAAGAACCACUCCAACUAAUCUAACUACAUUCCAACCAAAUGCACCACUUACAACAUUUCAAGCAAGCGACAAAUCAAGUAUCAGCCCUGCAAGUUCCAGUCUUGGGUAUAUAAAAGAUAGCCCUGUGAGCUCCAGUCUUGGGCAAAACAGCUCUGGAGCUUAUAACGAGAAACUUAGUCCAAAUGGAUCUAGCAUAGGACAAACAACUCCACUAGUAUAUGAUAACCAAAAACGACUGAAACCUUCGAAUACACAUUUCCAAGAACUUGCCAUUUCCACUUUUAAUCAUAAAUACAAUACUGGUGCAACAUUAACAGAAUCCACUUGUGCAAUAGAUGAAUGCGAGGCAAAUGGACUCGAUCGCGAAUUAAAUCCUCAGUGGGAAUUUCAAAGUAGUACAGAGGCUGCUAACUAUACUAUUUUAUCAGAUUGGUCACCUGCUCGUGAAUACCUCAUUGAUGACUUUACAAUUCUCGGUUUCCGACCACAAGAUGAAAUUACCACGGAAUUGUAAAUAAUAUAUUAUGAUAUACAUAAUUUAUAUAUUUCUUUAUAGUUUCUGCUCACAAAUAUAUAUUUUCUAUAAAUAAAAAAUUUUCUAUUUUAUAAAUAGGAAAUAUAUAUUUCAUUUAUUUCUAUUCUUUCAUUCAUUCUAAAACUGUAAUAUCUAAAGCCAUAAUCGAGAAAUAUUAUGCACUCUCAUAUUAUUGGGCUAAUUUAUUCAUAUAUAAUGCAUUUCCAGCCAUUCUUAUAAAUAAAAUUUUAAAUAAAUAUAUUAUUUCUAUAUCGUUCUUUAGACAUUCAAGUAUAUAUAAAAUAUUUCAUAAUUAUUAGGUUGAUUGGGAUAAGUAAAUUUUUCAUACAAAAACAAAUAGAAAAAUUGUACCUAAAGCUUGAUUUUCAAGAAUCAAAAGUAAAAAUUUCCACCCUAUAUUUCUAGCACAUGCUAUUUCAAGUAUUAGAUGGUAGAAUGCAUAACAUAUUGGCUUCUCAAUGUUUUUCGAGUAUUCAAGAGCUGUAAGAAAGAAAACAGAUAUUAUGUUCUUAAUUUAUUCGUAAUCUACUAUGUUAAUGUAAUAGAUGUAACACAUAUCUUUCAAAAUCAUUAUCCAGGUAUUUUUUGAUCUAAAUACAUAAUGCGCCAAUGCACAUUUGAUCCUAUACUUAAAGAGCAUGCGCCAGAAUUAAAACACUUAAAAUCUUCAAACCAAAUCUUCGUAUUGUACAACAUAAUAAAAUACUUCUUAAUUUCUUUCUGUUUA